AUGCCUUCGAUCGUUGGAAAGGAAAUCUCGUUGGACGGGUUGGGUCUUAUGCGACUCACCUGGCCCGGCUUCGUCACCCCCGAAGACCAAGCCCUGAAAACCCUCAAAACCGCCCUCACCGCCGGCGCAAAUAUCUGGAACGCGGCAGACUUCUACGGCACGCCGUCCUACAACUCGCUGCACCUCGUGAACCGCUAUUUCAGCGUCUACCCGGAAGACGCGGACAAGGUGGUCUUGAUGGUCAAGACGGGCAUCAAGGAUAUGAGGACGGUGAGUAUGGAUUGCUCCCGCGAGGGACUGAGAGGGUUCUUGGAUAAUGCGCUGCGCGUGCUGGACGGGAAGAAGAGUAUUGAUGUGUUUGGGCCGGCGAGGAUCGAUCCGAACGUGCCGGUUGAGGAGAGCGUUAAGGCGUUGGAGGAGAUGAGGACUGAGGGCUCCAUUGGGGGCAUUCAGUUGAGUGAGGUCCGCGCGGACACGAUCCGGAGGGCGGCGAGCGUGGCGAAGAUCGAUAUGGUCGAGGCGGAGGUUAAUAUUUGGUCGCAGGAGGUGUUUGAGAAUGGGGUGGCCAAGACGUGCGCGGAGCUGGGGGUCGUUUUGGUGGCGCAUACGCCGCUGGGGGCGGGCUUGUUGACGGGCACGGUGAAGAGUGCGGAGGAUGUGCCGGGGGUGUAUAUCGAGCGGGGUUUCCCGCGGUUCCUGCCCGAGAAUAUUGCGAAGAAUGUUCGGUCGGCGGAGGAGAUUAAGAAAUUGGCUCAGGAGAAGGGUUGCACUGCGGCGCAGCUGGCUUUGUCGUGGGUGAAAUCGCACAAUGGGAGACCUGGGAUGCCGGUGAUUGUGCCUGUGGUGGGAGCGCGGUCCGAGGAGAGGGUUUUGGAGAAUGUGAAGACCCUGGACUUGAGCGAUGAUGAUUUCAAGAAGAUUGCUUCGAUCCUGGAGGAGUUUCCGGUUGUGGGAAAGCGAUUUCCGGAUCACACGUUCAAACUUAAUGAGUAUUAG